AUGAAGCUUUCGACGACCAAUGACAACAUGCCUGUUGGCAAUCUCCAGUCAGACCAGGUGCAACUGGGCGGCACCUAUGUCGACACCAUUGUUGAUAUCUCCGAGGAGCUAUCAUACAUGAAAGAACUCCUGCCACUCGUCAAGCUCCUCGCCCUCGUUUACAAAAUCCGCGCUCCUAGUCCGUCAGAAGAAUAUCACAUGAACACCCUCAUGAGAACCAUCACAGCCGAUAGCCUUAAUAAAACAACCACGGACAAGUACCCCGAGGGCUUCACCAGAGACGAGAUCAUCCAGUCUUUCAGCAGAUUUCUCAGUCCAGUAUUGAACGGCUUGAGCGGGCUAGGCGACUUUGAGAAGGCUAUCGGUGCCGGUGAAGACCCUGCAGGGUUCCGUCAGUUCUGGGCCCUUGACGAUAGGAACCUGCUCACCGACGCCGUCUCGAGCAGUGGACCUAUGGCCGCCUUCACCGAAACCGAGAUCCCCUUCCUUGACAUUUUCGUCAAAGAUAAAACCCGUCGGCUUGCCCUAACCCAGGACCACGGCGCUCUAGUGCUGGUUCCCCAUGAUGCCAAGCCUGGUGACGAGGUCUGGAUGAUGUCGCGCAGUGAGUCGCUUGUCGUCAUCCGCAGAAAGGAUCAGCUCGAGACUUUGUCGGCAGAUGUGAGGGUUCUUGGAGAAGCCUACAGCCACGGAUUUUCCAAGGGGAAACCGCCCCGAAAUUGCAAGCAAGUCUAUAACAACACUGAAUUCUUAACGUCAUCUGUAGCUGUCGGACUGGCUGGUGCCGUUCCAAGGUAA